AUGCAACUCUUGAGGGCAACGGGAUUCUUCCACGGAAACAUGUUUCUAUUUAGUGCUGUCAUAGGGGCAGGGAUUUUUGUGUCUCCUAAAGGGACAUUGGAAUACUCUUCACUGAACAUCCCUGUUUCUCUGAGUAUUUGGGUAGUUUGUGCUGUGCUGAGCAUGAUGCAUGCUCUCUGUCUUGCAGAACUGGGUACAACCUUCCCUGUGAGUGCAGCACCUUAUUACUUCCUGAAAAGAUCUCUUGGAUCUUCUGUUGCAUUCUUUAGUCUUUGGAUUAAACUUUUUGCUUAUUCCCUAGGCCUGGGUGCUCAAAACUUACUAAUAGCAGGUUAUCUAAUCCAGCCUUUCUAUGUUGAGUGCCCAGCCCCAGAGCUACCAAAGAAAUGUCUGGCCUUGGCUAUUUUGUGGUCACUUGGAAUUCUUAAUGCUCGAGGGGUGACUACAGUGUUUUGGUUUAAUACUAUCAGCAGUUUGAUGAAGAUGGGUGCUCUUUGUCUCAUUAUUCUAGCUGGGGUUGUGCUGUUAGUGAUUGGGAAAAGGAAAAAUGUGUCCAGGUUUGAGAAUGCUUAGGAUGCUGACCUUCCUGAUGCCUUGCAGACUGUAGAAGCCAUUCUUCAAGUAUUUUAUGCAUACAUGGGGUCAUCACUUCUGGUCAACAUAGCAGGAGAAGUAAAAAAUCCCUCUGAGACGAUUCCUAAGUCUUUGAUUUCUAGUCUGCCUGUCAUAACUGUGCUUUAUGUACUGACUAACGUGUCCUACCUCACAGUUUUGACACCCCAGGAAAUCAUUGCUUCAGAAUCUGUUGCAGUCACAUGGAUGAAUGGAGUAUUCCCUUCCAUGCAAUGGAUCAUUUCUCUGGGGAUCUCAAUUUCAAUACUGAACACCACUGUCUGUGGAAUACUUACAGCAUCAGGGAAUUUCUAUUCUGUGAGCCAAGAAGGACAGCUGCCUUUCAUUUAUCCUAUGCUUAAUGACCACCACUGCCCAGUUGUAGCUGUCACUCAAAUUACCAUCUUAUCAUCUCUGGCAAUACUAUUUUUGAAUGUAACCUAUACAAUAAAAUAUAUGGGACAAGUAUACAUUUUCAUGAAUGCACUAAAUAUGAUGGCGUUACUUAAACUGAGGUACAAGGAGCCAGAUCUACCUAGGCCUUAUAAGUUGUGCUUGCUUCUAUCACAAGGUUCUAGAUCAUCAAGUCUGUGGUUCCUGGUGCUCCUGGCAAUGUUAGGCAUGGGCUUACUCUCCUGGCAUGGAUUUUAG